CGGUAACCCAGGCGACGGAAUUAUCAACACAGGCGCAUGGACUGGCACGACUCGGAGACGACGGAAGGGACCGAUGCAUGGGCCGGCUUGAGCUCGAGCUACGUGGCACCGCGGCCAUGGCAGUGGGACCAGUACUCGCUGCUCGCGUGCAAGCGCGGGUACCUCGAGAAGCAGAGCGUCAAGGACAAGUCGGUAUGGAAGCCGCGCUGGGUCGUCCUCGACGGCAACGUGGUCAUGAUUUACAAGAGCGAAGACGAUGUGCCCAGCACGCUGUCGCCGCCGGCGUACGACGAGAAGAGCAUUCCGCUCGACUCGGUCGCGUCGAUCGGGACCGCCAAGGACUAUGGCGCCGCGGCCUUCCAAAUCAAACUGCACGAAGAACACCGAACGUAUGUCUUCCGCGCCGACUCGAAGGACCACAUGAACGACUGGCUCUUCAAAUUUCAGUGCUGCAUCGCCAACCUUAUAUCCGAGAUCCUACGUUACCGCCGAGAUGGCCGCCCGCGACUGAGCUCGAGCUUUACGCGCCACGUCGACGUGACACGCCGCCAGCACCGUAGUCAGUCGUUUGACUUUCGGGAGAUGUCGCGCUUUGACGCGACCGUCACACUGCAGCAACUCACGAAUGCCAACAGCAUGCUGCGGUAUUCCAGCGACUCGAACUCGUCGAGCAGCCAGGUGCGCAGCCCGCUCGGCGGUAUCCUUUUUGCGCUCGAUGACGUUGAGACGCCCGCCGACGAGCUCGACGACCAUCGACACUAUGCAUCGCCGCCGUCCUCGUCUUUCUACGCGCCCUCCUCACUUUACACGUCGCCACCGCCGCCGGUUCCGACUGCCGCAUCGUCGUUUUCGUCGUCGGCCAGCAUUGCAAUUGCCACGACGUCCGCGAGCGGUUCCGUGCCAGAGCUCGCGCAGUGCACAUCGCCGCCGACUGUACCAAAGAAGAAGUACAUUCCGCCCCAACUGCGGCCGGGAUACAACCCGGAACCAGCGAUUUCGAUGCCCGAGCCGUCGCCGCCGAACGGCCCCAUCGACUAUCGCGAGCUCCGUGGUACGAGCAGCAAGGAAGGCACGACCGUGUACGGCGCCACGUCACUCCUCGGGAAGCGCUCGAAGCUCGAAGAUGUGAUUUGCUGCCUUCCGUCGUUUGCGCCAGAGGCCGCGCUGUAUGGACUCUUUGACGGCCAUGACGGCGACGCGGCCGCGCUGUAUGUAAAAGACAAGCUCCCGACCUACUUGCGCGCGCAUCCGCAGCUAGCCGCCGAUUGGCGUCGUGCGUGCCGAGAGGUGUUUGCCCGUCUCGACGACGAGUUUCUCGUGUCGGCCAAGCCCACCGCGGGCACGACAGCCAGUCUUGUCAUUGUCCGGGGCCACAAGCUCUUGACGGCCAACAUCGGCGACUCGAAGGCGGUCAUCUCGAUUGGCGGGCAGGCGCUGGACAUUAUGGACGUCCAGACGCCUGGUCGGCCGGACGAGAUGGAGCGCAUCUCGGCGGCAGGCGGCUGGGUGCAUGUGGACAAGGAAUUGCACAUGUCCAAGCUGCAUCAAAUGGACCUCAAGGACCCGUACAUUCAGGAGAAGGCCAAGCGCGUCGUCAAGCUCAUCGAGAUCUUUCGGGUCAACGGCGACCUCUCGGUGUCGCGCGCGAUCGGCGACAUUGAGUACAAGCGCCCCAACAACUAUACGCACUGGCAGUACCCAGAGCUGCACCCGCGCACGUUCUCGGGCCCGCUCUUGAUCCCCGACCCGGAGUUUCAGGAGGUUGAGAUCACGCCCGAGGUCGAGUUUGUCGUCCUCGCGUGCGACGGACUCUGGGACACGAUCACAAGCCAGGAGGCGGUCGACAUUGUGCGCGCCAAGUUGCGCGCCGAGUGGAGCAUGGAAGACAUUAGCUACCACCUCGCCGAGCUCGCGAUUCGAUCGGGCUCGAUGGACAAUGUGACGGUCGUCGUCGUCGUGCUGAAUCCGCUUCAAAAGGACGCGGGCACGGCGUAAUAAGUGUCAACUCUGAAGCAAUAAUAUCAAGACAAUAUCAACACCUGGCUACACAAGUAC